ACCAUGGAGAAUAACACAGAAGUGAGUGAGUUCAUCCUGCUAGGGAUAACCGAUGUUCCCGAACUGCAGAUCCCCCUCUUCAUACUGUUCGCAAUCAUCUACCUCAUCACUCUGACUGGGAACCUGGGGAUGACCACGGUGAUUCUGCUGGACUCUCGUCUCCACACACCCAUGUACUAUUUCCUCAGCAACCUUUCCCUGGUGGACUUUUGUUACUCUUCCACAGUGACUCCGAAAGUUUUGGCUGGCUUGUUGAUAGGGGACAAGGUCAUAUCCUACAAUGGGUGUGCUGCUCAGAUGUUCUUUUUUGCAUUCUUUGUUACUGUGGAAAGUUACCUCUUGACCUCUAUGGCCUAUGACCGCUACGUGGCAGUUUGCAAACCCCUGCAUUAUCCAACCAUCAUGACAACCAAUGUAUGUGCUUGUUUGGUGAAAUGCUCUUAUGUCCUUGGUUUUCUGACUGCUGUUACUGAUAUUGGAGACACAUUUUCUCUCCCUUUCUGCAUGUCCAAUGUGAUACAUCACUUUUUCUGUGACACUCCAGCAGUCAUGACCCUGACAUGUUCUGAUAAGCAUGUUAAUGAGCUGUUUCUUUUCCUUCUUUCAAGCUUUAACAUCUUCUUGGCAAUCCUUGUUAUCUUGAUUUCCUACCUCCUCAUAUUCACUACAGUUUUGAAGACACACUCAGGUGAGGGACACCAGAAGGCUGUGUUGACCUGUGCUUCUCACCUAACUGCGGUCUCCCUAUUCUAUGGGACUGUCAUGAUCAUGUACUUGCAGCCCAGCUCCAGUCACUCCAUGGACAACGACAAAAUUACCUCUGUGUUCUACACUAUGGUUAUUCCUAUGCUGAACCCUCUGGUCUACAGUCUGAGGAACAAAGAAGUGAAAAGCGCAUUCAAGAAAGUUCUUGUUGGACUGGAGAGAUGGUGA